CAAGUGCGGUCUCUCACUUCCGUUCCACGCGACAUCAACAUGGAUGAGUUUCUUGCUCGUGCAGAGAAAGCGGAGAAAGAGAUUGCAUCACUGGAGUCAGAGAUUGCCAGCUUGAAGGACCCAGAGAGGCUGAUUGCAGAGGACUCGGUCACACCAGAGUUGGACAAACUUAGGACAGAGAAUGCUAAACUUAAGUUCCAGAUUGUACAUUUGAGGCGAAAUAUUGCUGCUGAGAAGUCCAAAUCAUCCAACAACAUGCUGAGCAUAGCCAGUAUACUUCAGGAUAUCUUCAAGCAAGCUAUCAACCAGGCUUAUCCUGAUCUUGCCAACCCACCCCUGGUGGUCACUGUGAGCACUAAUGAGAAGUUUGGGGACUAUCAGUGCAACAGUGCCAUGGGUAUAGCACAGAUACUGAAGUCCCAGGGUCAGAAGGCUUCCCCCAGGGAUAUAGCUCAGGCUAUAGUUGGUAAACUGCCUGAGAACGAGCUCAUAGAUAAGACUGAAAUUGCGGGACCAGGCUUUAUCAAUGUUCAUCUGAAGAAGGAUUUCAUAUCGGUGCAACUGAGAGAUUUGCUGGGCAAAGGAGUGCGUCCUCCUGUUAUAGCAGCAAAGAAGAGAGUAGUGGUUGAUUUCUCUUCACCAAACAUUGCCAAGGAAAUGCAUGUUGGACAUCUAAGGUCCACCAUUAUUGGUGAGAGCAUCUGCCGUCUGUGUGAAUUUCUAGAGCAUGAUGUUCUGAGGUUGAAUCACAUAGGAGACUGGGGGACACAGUUUGGGAUGCUGAUUGCACACCUCAAGGACAAGUUCCCAAACUACCUGACAGUGUCGCCACCUAUUGGGGAUCUGCAGGCGUUCUACAAGGAAUCCAAGGUUCGUUUUGACAAUGAUGAAGAGUUCAAAAAGCGUGCAUAUGCAGCUGUUGUCAGCCUCCAGGCCCAUGAACCUGACUCUCUCAAAGGAUGGAACUUGAUAUGUGAUGUAUCCAGGAUGGAAUUUGAGAAAAUAUACCAACGGCUUGAUGUAUCCAUUGUGGAGCGAGGUGAAUCUUUUUACCAAGAUUUGAUGAGCGAAGUGGUGAAAGAACUGGACGCAAAAGGUUUGACAGAGAUAGAUGAUGGGAGAAAGAUAAUGUUUGUCCCCGACUCUAGCAUACCUCUAACACUGGUGAAAUCUGAUGGUGGCUAUACCUACGACACAUCUGACAUGGCGGCUGUAAAACAUCGUCUGUUUGUGGAAAAAGGUGAUUGGUUGAUCUACGUGGUUGAUGCUGGACAGGGCACCCACUUUCAGACUGUAUUUUCUGCGGCCAGGAAGGCAGGUUAUUAUGACCCUAGGUUGAAGAGGGUUGAACAUGUGGGCUUUGGAGUGGUGUUAGGAGAGGACAGAAAGAAGUUCAAGACCCGGUCAGGAGAGACAGUUCGACUGGUGGAUUUGCUGGACGAAGGGUUGAAGAGGAGCGAAGCAAAACUGAAGGAAAAAGAACGGGAUAAGGUACUGACUCCCGAGGAGUUGAAAGCAGCUCAGGAAGCCGUUGCCUACGGGUGCAUUAAAUAUGCCGACUUAUCUCAUAACAGAACUAAUGAUUAUGUCUUCUCCUUUGACAAGAUGUUGGAUGACAAGGGAAAUACUGCAGUGUACCUUCUGUAUGCCUACAUGAGAAUAAAAUCAAUUGCUCGAACUGCUGGAGUUACACCAGAGCAACUUAAAGAAGCCUCCAAGAGCACAGAAUCUUGGAAAGUGGACCAUCCCAAGGAAUGGAAAUUGGCCAAAUGCAUCGUGAAAUUCCCAGAAAUUAUCCUGAAAGUGGCGGAGGAUCUUUACAUGCACACUCUAUGCGAUUACUUGUAUGAAAUGGCCACCACUUUCACAGAGUUCUAUGAUGCAUGUUACUGUGUAGAAAAGGACAAGAAGACUGGGGAGAUUCUCAAGGUGAACAUGAAUCGUCUGCUUCUUUGUGAGGCUGCAGCUUCCAUCAUGGCUGCUGGGUUCAACAUUCUGGGAAUAAAACCAGUGGGAAGAAUGUAGUGGCGACACCUAUUGAGCAGGGCAGAAUCUACCAACUGAAAAUUGACAACUGUUAAUUGAAAAAUCAUUCAUGAUUCUUGCAUAAAGAUAUCUGCAGUUGAAACAAAGUCAAAAACUUGUAGUGGAAAUCCAGAAGAAAUAUGGAGGCAGAUCGUUCAUAAUUUAAACAGAGGAAAUAUGGAAUAUAGUUACCACUGUGACUGUUAUCACAUAUGGCUUCUUAGAUGUAUUCAUACAAAUUGUAUUUGGCAUACUCUGGUCACAGAUUACACAUAGAAAAAGCUAAAGGUUUUUUUGUUUUUU